CAGGGUUGGGAAUCUGACAGACGAGCCUUGAUCAGUGAGAAAACCCACUUCUGCAGGAUUUUUAAAAGAAACUGUCCAUCGCUGGGAUGUCUCCAAACUUUCUGGCUCUCUGCCUGCUCCUCUGUUUUUUCUCCGGCACAAACGCAUAUCCAGCCAAGCCUCCUGGUCCCCGGGAAGGAGCGCCACCUGAGGAGCUUGCCAAAUAUUAUUCUGCACUGCGACACUAUAUCAAUCUCAUUACAAGACAAAGGUAUGGAAAGAGAGACAACCCAGACACUGUGUUUUCAGAUUUAUUAGUGAGGGAAAGCACCGAGAGCGUCCCGGGCUCCAACUAUAUCAGGUAUGAGGGUCUGCCUGUGUGGUGAUGGAGCUGUGCCAUUGGGCUGUUUUGAAAACUGCUCUCAUGUCUGCCAGUGAUUUUACAUUACCCUGUAUUUGCAUGGAAUAAAGACUGGAUUAAGAACACUA